AUGGAGUCACUACGUGGCCGACGCAAGGCACCGCCUGCUUCGCUGAACAUGAAGCAUACCGCCAAAUUCAACCCGGCCUGGACGGUAGUACAGAACCGUCAAUCCAGCACGACCGACUUUGACGACACCGACUUCGAGUUUAGUGAUUCGGAUACUGAAUCCCCUCGGAUGAGCAUGGGUUCGUUUGGCUAUGACAGCAACUCUUCUCUUUCCACCCCCGACUUGCCGCCCACCCCGGACCACGCUCCCAAAGCACCAUUCAGUUUCAGGCCAGACGGCAAAAUCAAAGGACCGUCUGGGCCUCAUCUCUUCAGGUCUUCAAUUGGCUCUGCCGGCUCAGUGCCAUCAACCGAAAUCGACCUCUACUUCGAGAGAUCACCCCUGGCCUCUCAAUUCCAGAAAUCCGACAGCGAGACCCCAAGCCCGCGAUUUCAAUUCAUCCAGUCUAACAACGGGACCCCAAGCUCGCGAUCUCAAUUCACCCAGUCCGACGGCGAACCACCCCUAACUUCGCGAUCUUAUCUCAUCCAGUCUGACAGCGAGACCCCAAGCUACAGGUCUCAGUACUUCUACUCGGCUAGUCAGACUCCAAGUUCUCGAUCUCAAUUUUUCCAAUCCCAAAGCGAAGCCCUGAGCAUCGGAUCUGAAUCCAUUCGGACUUAUGCUCAGACCCCAGGCUCCGCCCGGACUCAGUUCUCUCGUUCGGGGACCCAAAUGCCGAGUACGAGAUCCCAAUUUGCUGGGCCCGAAACUGGAACCAACAACAGCUCUCGAUACCAGUUCUCACCACCCACUCCCAGAGCUUACUCGACUGUGUACCCUGAUGUUUCCCAGGUGGAGGAGAGUGAAAUCCGAGGCUGGGUGCCAAGUCAGGUAGCCCACUGGAUGCACAUCGCUGGCUAUGACGAGUACGUUAUUGAUCAAUUCUUGAUCAACGACAUCACCGGUACCGUUUUGCUCAACCUGCAAAUUGAUGACCUCAAGGAGCUGGGGAUCAAAUCCUUUGGCAAGCGCCAUCAACUGAUGGCUUCGAUUGAUCAUCUGCGCAACACCAUGAUGAAAACCCCAGUUACCGAUGAGCAGCUCGAGGAAAAGAGACGCUCGUACGCCAUGUCGGUCUCCCCAACGGGUGAAGUCCUCACCAAAUACGACGGCACUCAGAUCACUCCCGCCGAGGCUGUGUCGAUCGUGGGUAUCGAGCAGGUGCUUCCCAAGCCUCACAGCUGCUCCAAGGGCGAAAAUUGCCCCAAGUUCAGAAGACGUCAACGUCAGCUGGAGAGACUUGCGGCCGAGUUUCCCGGCGCCAACCUCCUAAAUGGGACCUCCAUCUUCAUUGGAAACCCUGGAAACCCCGAGACCGCAAAGAACAUGCUACGGCCCAAGUCGGACGCUGAGCCCUCCAUCGUCGCGUCGUCGGAUAUUUUUGGUCCGGCCCAGACCACACCGCAACUGAGUGAGGAUGUACUCAAUGAGGUGUCGAAGGUGGACCCGCAAGAAAGCGUGCGACAUUUCCUGAGCUACCAGCGUGUUGACCCUGCUAGUCCGUUUGACUACGACUCAGACCCCUGCUCACCACCCUUACCCGAAUCGGAUCCGGUGACUACUCUGUCUCCCCCAACCAAGUUCACGGAGCACAUGGCUGCAAACCUCCGCAGCCUUCCAAAAUUGAGGAUUCCCACCGAAUCGGAUGAGGAGGAGGAGGAGGAGGAUGAUGAGCUGACCACUGCCACUAUCACCACGGCUAACGGCUCACCGACUGCCACCCAAGCAUAUGGCCCCUUUACCUCCUCCCGGCCCAUGCCUGACACCUAUCGCCUGGGUACCCCCUUUUCAGAGAUGGAUGUGCCCGUCACUGCGAUUCCUCAUGACCCGAUUGCCCGCGAUACGUCCCAGUCGGUUCCCCCUGACAUGCAAUACGGCAAUCUUAUGCAUCCGAGAUAUCAGGAGGCUAUUUCUCGCGGCACACCUACCCGGCCCCGAGCCAAUUCAGCGCUUCGCCCCGUCAACGAGGGUCGACCUUUGACCCCAAUCGACGACCCCGCGGAUCUGAAGAAGAGAAGCCCCCGUAUCGGCUUUAACAAAGGUAGCUCGACCAACUCGUCGAUUGCUGCCGACCCUGAAGUUACUCGUUGCGGCUGGAUGAAGAAGCGCAAGCAGGCACGCUUCCUUCGCCAUGAAUGGCAGGAUGCUCACUUCACCUUGCGUGGAACCAACCUUGCUAUGCACAAGGAUGAGCUUGCCGCUCUUCGCUAUUCGAAGGUUUUGGAGACGAUCGACGUCGACAACUACGCCGUUGCCUGCUCGUCGCUUGCCACAAGCUCCAAGCUGAGCGCUGCAUUCAAGAAGUCCAUUCUCCGAAAUGGCCACAACCUGAGCCAGGAUGAUGCAGCCUUCGCCUUCUCGCUCAUUCCCGCUAACAAGGAACACGAGAAGAAGAUGCUGUUCGGAAACAGCAACAUCAAGACCCACCACUUUGCCGUCAAGACCCGCGACGAACGCAUCGAUUGGAUGCGCGAGUUGAUGCUCUCCAAGGCCCUCCGCAAGGGCAAGGAGGGUGGUGCCGAGAUGCAAGUCAACGGCAACUUUAUCUAA